AUGGCUUCAGAACCGAACAAAUAUGGGGAGGCGCUUUCUGCUACGAAGAUAUCAGAUGAACAAGAAAGAAUGAUACAUCUCGAUGGAAGAAUGCUUGAAGGCGGCGGACAGCUGGUCCGCAAUGCCGUAGCCUUGUCCGCUCUAACAGGCCUACCGAUCACCAUCUCAAACAUUCGAGGCAAUCGCAAAGGACGGAAGGGCUUGAAAGGCUCGCACGCGGCAGCAAUUGGAUUUAUUGCAGAAGUAUGCCAGGGAGAAGUCGUUGAUGGACAUGUCGAUUCUCAGAAGAUGAUAUUUUUUCCUCGGAAAAGGGAUUUCUCACUAAGUCAUGAUCAAAUUGUCCCCUCCGCACAAUUGCAGAGUAUACUAUCCAGACAUACACCAGCUAUAAAACCGGAAUACAACAUACAACAACACACGGCGGGCUCCAUCUCCCUGGUAUUUCAAGCGCUGUACCCAUAUUUGGUCUAUGCCAGUAGCUUGUCAUCGGUUGAUACCAAAGAGCCUAUCAAAGUGCGCAUCACCGGCGGCACAAAUGUCACGUUUUCUCCUUCCUUUGACUACAUCGAACAGGUCCUGGUGCCCAACUUACGAAUACUGGGACUUCCGAUUCUGAAUGCCAGACUGCACAAACGUGGCUGGUCCACCGGACCGAUGGAUCUCGGAUCGGUCACAUUCGACGUCUUUCCUUUAGAGAAAUCGAUAAAACCCCAGACGGACCUUUGGUUCCCAGUUCUCAAACUGUAUGGCCAUCGAAGAACGGCAGUCACCAAGAUAGAUAUUACAAUUCUGGCUCCUGAUAUCAACAUUCAACAAAAAGAAGCACACGGGAACCGCCAAGAUAGGCGAAUAGCCAAGUAUGAGAGACUCCGAAACUACGACUAUGACAUGUUUCCAAACUGGACGAUUCGAGAAUACCUUGAAGAGCAAAGUCAAAAGUCCUUGUGUAAGGCUUUGAGGGGUUUGGACGAUAGGAUUAUCGCUAGAGCACGACCUGAUGGCGGCAAAGAUAAUAGCCAGGAGUUCCCGAUUGAUAUACACCUCUCUGAAGCCACUGGUCACCAUACUCACACCUACAUUUUGCUGGUGGCGCAUAUGUCGAACGGCCUCGUCCUCGGAAGUGAUGCACUUUUCGACGGAUACGAAAAGCGCGACGGACGCACUAAAAGCGGUAACGGUGGUAAUAAUACUGUGGCGACUUUAGACAAUCUAGUAAACAAGUGUGUUGCUAGCCUUGUGGAAGAAUUGAGAGGGUUGAAUACAGAUGCCACAAGCACCAGACAUCAGCCGGCCGUCGAUGCCCAUAUGCGUGAUCAGCUGGUCAUUUUUGAGGCUUUAGGCUUACUGGGCCAGCCUGCAAGACAGAUUCGUGAAGCCGGUGUAUUGAAAGAGCAUGGCGGCGAGGACGAGCAAUACUGGAGUCUGCAUACGCGGACUGCCCGAUGGGUGUGCGAGCAGAUUCUGGGGCAAGGUGUUUGGAACAACACCUGA